GUCAUAUAGAUUUUGACCUGAAGUUGACCCCAGCGACUGUUGAUGUUGAUUUCGAAAGUAGAAUGUUGAGCUUUUAGCGAUUUUUGUAGGUUGUUGAGAUGUCGUUGUUCUGACAGUUUCUAGGUCCUGGGGAGUUUUACUGAGGCAGAGUCCUUGAGGGGAUUGCCAGCUACCUUUAUCUGCACGUCACUAGAUCUAGAUAGAUCUAGAUAUACAUCUAGCUGUGUCUACGUGAGGACAUGCACGUCUGACGUCUACUUUAAUUACCACCACCAACCACCAGACAAUUCGUGAUAUUAAAUAAAUAACAAUUGCACGGAAGUGCGGUUUUCAUUUUAUAAAUGUAUUAAUUAUGUCAAGAAAGCUCAUGAUUUUCCAGCGUUGUUUUCUGGUUCCUCACCACCGUACCGCCUGGGCGUCCUGGGCCUGGGAUAGAUGUUUAUCCCAUUCACCUGUUUUGAAGCCAUUUCUGAAUGGAACAGUGCAGGCAAAGAAUACAUCUGCCUCUGGCAUUAACAGGCAAAUCUCCUCUUAUUCUGGUAUAAAUAUUGCUGCUACGCAAAAACAAACUGUACCAGAGCCUAGAAAAGCACAUACACACCACAGGUAUCUCCUACCAUAUUCUGCCUCUGACAGAACGUACAGUCCUUUUCAAAACCUUCUGUUUCGUCUCUCAAGUUCAACUAGUGGUACCGCAGCUGAUCGUGAAAAAUCUUGUGACUACCUUGAUGCAACAGAUAGUGCGAUAUAUGACAUCCUGGCGGAACACAUGACUGUGGUGAAAGACUUUCUUUCAGAGGAUGAGGAAAAAUCACUGCUUGAUGAAGUAGACAGCUACAUGAAAAGACUGCGAUAUGAAUAUGAUCAUUGGGAUAAUGCUAUUCAUGGCUACAGAGAGACGGAGAAAAGGUCGUGGAAUGAUGCCAAUUCUCAGAUUCUGCAGCGUGUCAAGGAUAUUGCAUUUGACGGAGGAGUGUCUCCCCUUGCAUAUGUCCAUGUUUUAGACAUUGCUAAAGAAGGCUACAUAAAGCCACACGUGGAUGCGGUUCGGUUUUGUGGAGAUACCAUCGCCGGGAUGUGCUUGUUGUCUUCAUGCGUCAUGCGACUGGCACUAGAAAAAGACAAGACAAAAUUUGGGGACAUACAUUUGCCCCAGAGGUGUUUGUAUAUCAUGAGAGGAAAGGCAAGGUACGACUUCACACAUGAAGUGUUAAAAGAGGAGGAAUCCAUUUUCAAGGGUCAAACUAUCCCCCGUGACAGACGGAUGUCAGUGAUCUGUCGGAAUGAACCUGAUCCAGCUGAUCAAGAAUGACACCCACAUUGUUAGUUCUGAUUGUCUUUCAACACUGUAAGCUUUUAUCUGAAAGGGAUUGUGAGUUUCUGAAAUACUGCUCUCAUAAAGUAUUUUUAUGCUAUGUCGGAAUAAAUGUUCAGAGACGCCUGUGGGUGUUUUGCUUUCAGGGGCAGGUGAAGAAAUCUGGAGGAUGAUGAGAAGAUUGACAUUUGUGAAUAUAAUAUAUUAAUAGGAGUGAAUGUUUCAAAUAUACAUAUGCCACUAACUGUUGUAUGAAGUGCUUCACCCUAAAGUUUAGGACCUUUUGCAUGAAUAUUUUGUACUGAAUGAAUGAUUAAGUGAAGACUCCUUUUGAAAUAUUAUGCAAAAAUCUAUAUCCUACUGAAUGCUAAUUUUUCAUGAAUAAAAAUGCUUAUAACAUA